AUGGAGCGGUGUUGUAGUUCAAAAAACGAAUCUUGUAUCGUGCAAGAGACACGGAGGAAAAGAUAUUAUACGAACUCGCAUAGGAAGUCCACCUAUGGAGCCUACCUACUGUCCACCUUACCGUUUAUUAUAAGAAAUCGAAUCUUGUCGCUACUUUCAAUCGACGAUCUCAUAUGUUUAUCUGAUUCCUGUGAAGAACUUCGCUUAGUAGUAAAAAGGUACUGCUUAUCUAAAUCCUGUCGGCAGUUAUCACAAUUCUACGACCCUCACGACCAUGGAGACGAUAUCGGUGAUGAUAAUAGUCAGCGUAUUGCUUUUUAUAGAUCUGUGGGAGUUCUCUUCAAUAUAAUUUGCAAAGAUAUGUCAUUCUGGAGUACUUUAGAAAUGCUGAAGUCCUACUUAACGCUACAUCUACCGCAGUCUAAUUACCUGUUUCCACGAGAAAAGCCGAGGUCUCGAGUUUAUGGCCGAUAUCCCAGUAUUUGCCGCAUGCCGUGUUUUAGAUGUCCGUCUCUUUACUUUUACGGUAUCUUCUUAGACAAACUCACAUUUACCUGGAGCAAAAAUGACACUAAUCGUGUUCACAAGACACUGGUUCAUAUGUGCUUCAAUGAAAAUUUUCGGUUACGGCUUUCACGUGUUCUACGACAACGACCAGGUGUAGAUCAUCGUUCUGAACUGGCUAUCCGUCUUUUUAUAAGAAAGGUCUUCUUGGAUCCUGUUGCCUUACCAUUUGUCCAUGAAGAUAAUCAUAAGGUGUUCUCUCCCGCUUUUCAAAACGAAAAUUUUUCAUUGGCGGGUGACAACUCACUAGUUGUUGAGGAUGAAGAAACCACAAACUCAUUUCGUGCUGUCGCAGGGCCAUCGUCUGCAUCUGUGGCUCUGCCUCCUCAAGUUCCAUCCUCCAGUGGCGGACUGUCCAUAAGAUAUAACUGGAAAGCUUCGGGAAUUUUGAUGAAAAUUCUGAGGCCUUAUGAUAUCCAAAAGCAACUUAGACUUUUAUUUAUUCUUUACGGACCAAUACAUAGAG